AUGGGAAGAAGUCCCGCACCUAGCCUAAACGGUCACGAUGUGUCAAGCGCUUUGGUGAAUGGUUCAGAUAAACAACGAAUGUCACCAAUCGAGAAUGGGGAAGAUAAAAAGAAAGAUUCACCGAUGACUUUCGGCUACGGCGAGAUCAGCAACAAGCGAGCGGAGAGCCCGAAAAUGAAUGGAGAUUUGAUCAUUACAAAUGGCAGUACGAUCUCGAAAGAGCGCAAAGAUGCGCUUUUGUCGAAAUAUUUGAAUGGAAAUGGUGAUGAAACGCAAAUGGAGAGCGUUCCACAAACAAAUGGACACAAUGGGUAUCAUAAUGAGAAUGAAACGUCGAUUCGGACAUUGUCGAAGCUCAAUGGAGACUCGAGUGGAUACACGAGUGGGAACUCAUCAAUCGACACACCGAACGGCUUGGAUUCAGGACCGAGUUCCUCCUCCCUUCUCACUCCAUCCUGGUCAUCGACCCUCACUUCAUGCUCUUCUCUUUCUCGUUCUCCAUCCACUUCAUCAACGAUUCGCCCCGAAGACUUUGAUCAUGCUGCUUCGAGGUCCAGAACUCGUUCGGAUCGACUCCGUCAACGUUUGGCGAGUCUUGAUCGACAAAAUGGAGUCAAUGGAGAGAAUGGGAUCACAAAUGGAUCCAGCAGUAUUUUGGAGAGAGUUUCCCCUUCUCGUCUCGGCACUCCAUCAUCGUCAUCGAUUCUCGGUGAAUCUGAUGAUUUAACCGAUUUGAGGAAAAGACUCAUCGGUUUACAAAGGGAUUCCUCUUUCACAAGCAGCUCAACGAUCAAUGAAAAGUUCCAAUCGGCUCUCCUCGCUUCUCGUCGUUCUAGUCAAGGCCCCGAAUCGGGCCAACUUCAACCAUCCUCUUCCCGUAGUCGACUUUUUGAUCACAAUCGGAAAAGUCGAUCACCACCAUUGGGACCGAUUGUUGAGGUCGAAUCGGCGGACGGGCAAAAAGUGAAGAAUUGCGAGAUUUGCACGGAUCCCCUGGUGAAUUGUGGAUGUGGUGGAAAAGGGAAAAGGAGGACGAGUCAAGAGAUUAUUGGGUUCGGCAAGCAUGAAAUCCGCUCCACAACGCAAGCCAAUGGAUUGGAACCCCAAAGUCAAGUAGGAACAAUGCCGUUCGUCGUUUUGCACAAAGUGCUCCGGAAAUUACCAUAUCAAGAGCUUGCUCGUCUCCGUGCCGUCCAUCCGCAUUGGGAUGAAAUUUGCGGGCAAAUGCUGAACAGUGGAUACUAUCAACUGAUUGAGAAAUCCGAUAAGCUGUUGAUGCGCUUGCAGCGACUCGUUCAAAAAGACUCGGGAAUGUACUAUCCGACGAGUGUCUUGACGAACAUUCAGGUUCACAUCCUCAAUCAAGUGGAUGCGAUGCGAGCCGCUUUAGACGAGGGUGUUGGUUGUUUCCCGUAUGGAAUCCUUUUGGAUAAAACUUUCCAAUUGGUGAAACAAGUUGAAGAGAUGACAAAUGGAGGGAAACAGAUCGAUGUCCCAUGGGAACCGGUGGCAAUUCUCGCGAAGAGAGCCUCAAUGCAUUACAAGGAUAACUUAGAAAGCAUCAUGGAGGAGCGUUUGGGUGAAAGCGCUCGUUUGAAAGCCGCUCAAAAGCUGAUCCGUUUGGACUCAUUCCUCGUUGAGACGAGUGUGCAAAAGAUGGAAAAGGAAAAUGCUAAGAAUCGCGAUGACGUCAUGUGGGAAGUGGAACAGCUGCAACAAUGCAAUGAAAAGCUUCGCAAAGACAAUCGUGAGCUCAAGCAAAACCAAAUGAAACUGGAGGCAAGGAUUGACAUUCUCGAGCAAAAAUUCAAAACAAUGGCUCGACUUUUUUCU